AUUUAUCAGCUAAAACAACGGAGGGUUUUGCAGAAUUUGGGUCAAAGCCGUCUCCAUCCUCCCACAGAUUCAUGUCGUUUAGUUCAUUUCCGGCCAAAAACUGUGCCAUAAGAGAGCCGAAUGCUUAGGGUCUCUUCAUCCUCUCCAUACUUUGAUUCCACCUCCCUCCCUUGUUAUAAAGCAUUGAUCGAUCUCCAUGGAAAUCCAGAAGACCGCUAGCAGCUAAAGUUCCGAUUUUUGUGGGAUUAGAGAGUGAGGUAGGGCGUGAGAGAGAUGAGGAAAGUGGUGAUCGGAUCGGUGGUGAUCGGCGCGGCGACGGCGUGCGCGGUUGCGGCGCUGAUCGUGAAACACAGGAUGAAAAAAUCGGGGUGGUGGGCAAAAGUGGAGGCGAUUGUGAUGGACUUCGAGGAGAAGUGUGCGACGCCGAUCGGGAAGCUGCGGCAGGUUGCAGAUGCGAUGAUGGUGGAGAUGCACGCCGGACUUGCAUCAGAGGGUGGGAGCAAGCUGAAGAUGCUCAUCUCCUACGUCGAUAAUCUUCCGAAGGGUGAUGAGAAAGGAUUAUUUUAUGCAUUGGACCUUGGAGGAACUAACUUCCGUGUAAUACGUGUCCAAUUGGGAGGAAAAGAACAAGGUGUUAUUAAUCAGGAGGCCGAAGAGGUCUCUAUUCCACCACAUCUGAUGGUUGGGAGCUCCUUUGAAUUAUUUGAUUUCAUUGCGGCAGAGGUAGCAAGAUUUGUUAAUUCUGAAAGUGAAGAAUAUCAGCUUCCUGCUGGCAGGCAGAGAGAACUUGGGUUCACUUUCUCUUCACUUUCUUCUGGCACUCUUAUCAAGUGGACGAAGGGCUUCUCCAUUGAGGAAACGGUUGGCGAAGAUGUAGUCUCUGAGCUGACAAAAGCCAUUGAAAGACAAGGUCUUGAUUUGCGUGUUGCCGCACUAGUCAACGAUACUGUUGGGACACUAGCUGGAGGACGCUAUUAUGAUAAAGAUGUUGUUGCUGCUGUUAUUCUAGGUACAGGUACGAACGCAGCAUAUGUGGAGCGCGCACACGCUAUUCCGAAGUGGCACGGCCUGUUACCAAAAUCAGGAGAGAUGGUGAUCAACAUGGAAUGGGGAAAUUUCAGGUCAUCUCAUCUUCCUUUGACAGAAUAUGAUCUCUCAUUAGAUACUGAAAGUUUGAAUCCUGGAGAACAGAUAUUUGAGAAGUUAAUUUCAGGAAUGUAUUUGGGAGAGAUUCUUAGAAGAGUGCUGUUGAGGUUGGCAGAGGAGGCUUCUUUCUUUGGGGAUGUUGUGCCUCCAAAACUUAUGGUUCCAUUUAUACUGAGGACACCGCACAUGUCUUCAAUGCAUCUUGAUACAUCCUCAGAUCUCAAAGUAGUCAGUAGUAAAUUGAAAGACAUAUUGGGGAUAACAAACACCUCACUAAAAAUGAGGAAAAUGGUGGUGAGGCUCUGCGACAUCAUCGCCAAGCGCGGCGCCCGGCUAUCCGCCGCCGGCAUCUUCGGCAUUCUGAAGAAGCAGGGAAGGGAUGUUCCCUCUGAGAAGCAGAGAACGGUGAUUGCUUUGGAUGGCGGGCUGUUCGAGCACUACACAGCAUUCAGGAAUAGCUUGGAGAGCACUCUCACGGAAAUGCUCGGCAAAGAAGCUGAUUCUUCCGUCAUCAUAACGCAUGCCAAUGAUGGCUCCGGCAUCGGUGCGGCUCUCAUCGCCGCCGCGCACUCACAGUAUCUGGAGCUGGAUUCUUCCUAAAGCUUUCAUCUUGGUUCCAGGCUCCCCUCCAUUUUUUAGGAGAACUCUGGUGAGGAGAAAAAAAAAACGUUCUUUUAAAAAAAAAAAAAAAUAGAG